AUGCCGUCCUGUUAUUCGAAGAGGAAAGCCUACCUUGCCCGCGUGCAUGAGGUCACGACGGAGGUUCGGCGGAGGUUGCUGCAGAUUACAGCCACAGCAAAGGCCGGAGGGGACUCCCAGCCUUAUCAUCCAGCCAAAUGUUCGGAUGCCGAGCCAUACAUAUCGACCAAUAAAAAACCUGAGAUUACAACAGCCGAUAACGUAACUUAG